AUGGCAGCAAGAAAGCAUGUUGGCAGCUGGAUGGGUUUGCUGCAACAGAGGUGUACUGGGCGCCUGCCCUAUGUGCUGGCUCUCCUCCAGGCUGCUGGGACCUUGGCCUUGAUGUUCUAUGCACUGUGGUGGGAAUUUGGAAACCUGGUCAACCUCCCUGACAAAUGCAUUGGCUUUUACAACUUCUGCCUGUUUAAUGAGACAGCCGGAGAGCUGCAGUGCCUGAACUACAUGGAUCUGCAGGCAAUGGGCAUCAGCAUACUAGCACUGGCAAUAGCCAGGGUUUUUGUGUAUGCCUGCCUGGUUAUCAGUCUCUUCUACCCCAUUUUUGUUGCACACGUGUAUUGUGCAGAGCAGAGAGAGGGGUGGAAGACGAUCAUCAUCAUACUCAUCAUCAAGAUGAUAAUCCUGUCUGGAGGCCUGGGUAUUUUUCUUUUACAAACCUCACCAUGGAUUCAUCCCUCUGAUUUCACUGGGGGCUUCCUUGCACUGCUUGGCGCUCAGGCUCUGCUACUACUCCAGGUUAUCACUACCACUAUGUACCUCAGCUUGACCAAGCACACACGUGCACUUCAAAGCCCUGCCCUCUGA